AGAACAGAAAGCUGGCAGAGGUUGAUACUUGUCUCUGUACCAUUUUUCAUCUCCACCUAGUUCCUAACCCACAAUAACUAACCAUGGAUGAUAUUUACAAGGCAGCAGUUGAGCAAUUGACAGAUGAACAAAAAAAUGAAUUCAAAGCUGCUUUUGAUAUAUUUGUCCUGGGUGCAGAGGAUGGAUGUAUCAGCACAAAGGAGUUGGGGAAGGUAAUGCGCAUGCUGGGACAGAAUCCUACCCCUGAGGAGCUACAGGAGAUGAUUGAUGAAGUAGAUGAAGAUGGCAGUGGUACAGUAGAUUUUGAUGAGUUCUUAGUUAUGAUGGUCCGGUGUAUGAAAGAUGACAGCAAAGGAAAAUCAGAAGAGGAACUUUCAGAUCUCUUCAGAAUGUUUGAUAAAAACUCAGAUGGAUACAUAGAUCUGGAUGAACUAAAGCUCAUGUUACAGGCUACAGGAGAAACCAUCACUGAAGAUGACAUUGAGGAGCUAAUGAAGGAUGGCGAUAAAAAUAAUGAUGGCAAGAUUGACUAUGAUGAAUUCCUGGAGUUUAUGAAAGGUGUUGAGUAAACAUGAGAAUUCUUGAAGGCAGUGUCCUUAUGUGAACAUCUUCAGUUUUGUCUUGUGUCAUUUCAUCAGUUCUGCUUCCCUUAUUACUUUCAUGAAGUUGUGUACUGAACAUGGUGAAAAUCAGGAAAACAUGACCCAUCUCUUCUUAAGGGCCUCAAAUGGUCAUUGAACAUUGAUCGAGCCAGGUUAUUAUGCCA